CGGAUUUUCCGCAGCUUCGAGCCCUUUUGCCUGCCUUGUUUUUGCGCAAGCUCGCGACGCAGUUAAUUCGAAAGAUACAACCAGGCGCGAGCGCACAGGCCCGGCGAAGUUUCAGCAAGUUCGCGUCGGUAACACCUCGAAUAAGUUUGAGGUGCGAAUCCAGUAUACUUUGACGUUGCAACGUGUUUGAUUUUCGGAAUGAGCUCAUCUUGUUUUUCUGUUCUGAAGAAAGUCUUUGAGCAGGGGGGCAAGAGUGGCGACGAAUUUAGUGCAGGAGAGCGCCGCUGCAAGCGCCAAACCCCUAUCGAAAAGGAAAAGCACAAGUUUUUUGACGAGGCGACAAUUCUCGUGAAAGGUGGCCAGGGGGGUGACGGGGAAGCUUGGCUGGGCGCAAAGGCUAAAACUGUGAAAAAUUUUAAAUAUAAAUGGGGAAGAAACAUGAAGAAAUACAUUGAACUUCCAGCUGCAGAACCCGCUGAUGGUGGUAAGGGCGGAGACGUCUUCAUUCGUGUUGAUCGGCACUGUGACUCACUACUUGGUUUCCACGAGAACAAUGUUUUCCAAGCGAAGAAAGGUUAUCACGGCAGCGCUGCAGCCCACGCCAACCCGGGCCGAGGGCGACUUCGAAUCGCGCCACCUCAAGAUGAUAUCUUCAUUGAUGUACCCCCUGGCACAGUAGUUAGACUGAAGCGUAGCGGGGAGUUGCUCGGAGAUCUGACAAAACACGGUCAAACGCUCCUUGUGGCAGAGGGGGGUGCUGGGGGAACAGCAGCACGCCGAACUCGGCCGCAGAAUCGAAAGGGAGACCAGAAGGUUACCCGAUCUAAAAUUUCGGGGAAUGACCCUGAUUUCGGUGAAAUCGAGCUCGACACUGAGACUUGGAUUCCAAUUGAGGGCAAGAAAGGUGAGGAGCUCACGUUAGAGCUGCUAAUGCGCGUCGUUGCAGAUAUUGGACUUGUUGGCCUUCCGAAUGCUGGAAAAUCAUCCAUUCUCAGAGCCCUGACAAGGGCCACACCAGAGGUUGCACCGUAUCCCUUCACAACUCUAAUGCCAAACCUCGGCGUUGUGAUACCUACUGAUGGGAGUGUUUUAACCCCUAGAGCUUACUCAAAGACUUGCGAAGCCAACACUGCGCCGCCCGUUCUCGCUGACCUACCUGGGCUGAUUGCAGGUGCCCACAAAGGCCGCGGUUUAGGUCGAGCAUUUUUAAGGCACCUCAGACGCACCCGAGGAUUAGUUGUAGUGGUUGACGCUUCUGGUAAGGAUCCUGUUGGUGAUUAUGCCAUAAUUCGUAACGAACUGCUUAUGUACAAUCCUGAAUACACCAAGCGAAAGCAUAUCCUCGUACUUAACAAAAUGGAUCUCCAGUGGGCCGCUCUUCGCACGGAGGAUAUUCGUGCUGGUGUGGAGGCACUGAACGGAAACAUAGUCGGCUGUGCACCCAUUGCAAUAGUUCCGGUGAGCGCCAAGGACGGUAGUGGCUUGGUUGGUCUAUUUGCUGCUAUUGACAGGUUGAUGCAACUGGAGUAAAACCGAGUUCGUCUCGUGGGAGAAGGCAAGUAAAUUGAAUAUCCGGCACACAUGUGCGAGUUAAUAUCCUUGCACUCUUGUAUUAGAACGAGAAUAACCUGUAUAUAUCCAAGGAAAGUAUGCAGCACU